UGCGCUGCGCCUGCGCGUUCGGUUUAUACGGCGGUGCUGUAGUCGUGAUCCGAUUAACAACUGUCUUUACUUGUGUUUUGUCACGUGCAAAAACAAUGUGAAAAGUGGUUGUUAAUACAUUUUCUAAGUAACUUGUAUCCUUUCUGGACGGUUUUUGAUAAAAAUCGAUUAAAGACGCAAAAUGUGAGGUGUUGUUCCCUCAAUGUGUCGAAGUGUAGUGAUGAAGGUGCCAAUUUCUCGAUAGUGCACCCUGAAAUCGAACGCUGUUAAAGGAUACAUUGGGAGUAGAAAAUGCGGAUCAAGGCCUUCCCAGAUUUUCGCCCGAAUGGGCCACCGCCCCGGCUGGGGCUCAAGGCGGCGAGCCCCGGCGCCGGCGCCGAGGAAGACUGCAAUAGCAACACCAGUCUCGCCGGCAGCCAGCACUCCGCUCACGAUGACCUCGACGCACAUUGCGACAACUCCGGCUACCUAUGGUUCCUAGACUACAAUCCGAUCUUCCGAGACGGCUCCUGCCACCAUACGUCAGUCCUAUCAUCUGUGUCGGCUUCGUAUAAGGGAAUAAGCGACUUGGCUUCGAGAUUCGAGUUCACGUCGCGCUACAACGAUCUGGCGAGAGACCUGGACGCCAACUUGGCCGAAGCCGACAUGGAAAGUUUUAAGACCGAGGAUAUACAUGCGCUGCUCAUGACCGCCAACUUGCCGCACGACACUAUCAUUGAUGACAGAACGCACGAUAGUAAUCCCCAUGGCGAGAUGUUUGCCAGCAUUUCGAGCUCGCUGUUGGAAAAGUUUCGCUUCGACUCUUUCAGUACCGACAAUAGCAUUCAGGGACACGAAUCCGUCGGUUCUAACAAUACCAUGUCGAUAUGUAAGUCGGAGCUGCUGUUUUCCCCCGUGAAGGAAGCCAUGCACGGAGUCCACUUCAGCGUGGACAGUCUGGAUUGCGAGUUACCCACGGAGCAGGAUCUCAUCCUCACCUGUCAGGCCAAUAAGAACAAUUACACUAUCGCCUUUGAGGGCAGUCUCACCACCUACUCAGAGGACAGUGAAUGUUUUGAAUUAGCCGUCAAUCACAAACAUGACAAAAUGGGCAAGGAAGCAGAAAAUGUAGUAUUAGAUAACGACGAGAGAACGCGCAGGAAUUUAGAAUUACUAGAAAGAUGUAAAAGAUUAACCAAUAAGUUAACAACCUCUAUGGUUAGAAGUGAUUUAGGAUUAACUACGUGGAGUAAGCUUAAGAAACAAACAAGUCAGUCACCGUUAAGGAGACACCCGUCAGGAAACAACAAUGGAGACUCGAAUGAAACAACUGAUGCAACAACUGAGAUGAGUAAUUCUGUUAUUAAAAGCCAAAGUUUGCCAAACCUAUACAGAAGGAAACUUAUGAGCAGUUCCAUCAAUUCGGCGGCGCUAAGUAAUUCAACGGUCGAUUCGUUUACGGUCAAUCAGAGAUUAACUGGCACUUCUACUUGCAUGAAGGUGUACGAUGUAUCACAACACCGCUCAACUCAAGGAAGUCAACAUUCAGAACCAAUGAGUACGUCGUCAACAGAAAACCACUCCUCGUCAGAUAAAAGUCAACCGAAACAACCGUUCAAUCUGGUAAAGUUAUUCAUGAAACAAAAGAGUAUGAGCAAUGAUGGAAUUAUGAGCAUGGAUCAAAUGGACAGGUCAGAAUGUUGGCCUUCCAGCUCAGGGGGCGAAAGUGGUGAGUCCAUUGAAGACAGGAGAGACUCAAAACUGGAACGAUCGCAAGCAGAAUUACCUAACAAAGUAAUGGAAGAAGUUACAACUGUCGUCUAUGAAGAAAUACCAACACAAAAUCCGUAUAAUAGAGUAUACGACGAUGUUUUAGUAGAAGAGGAGGAAACUGUCGAUGGAGCUAAACUGAGCGACAGUGAAAAUCACAUUUAUGCAACUGUAAAUAAACCCCUUAUUAAAAGAGCAAAUGUCAGUGUCACCAAUAGUCCCGCUAAACUGAGAAGUACCAGAAAAUCAUGUUCGUCGCAGUCUUCGGCUUCUGCAACAAGUGUAAGCAUUUCGAGCUGUUCAGAAUCAGAUGGAACUCAAAUCACAAGAAUGAACAAGCUAUUGCUAAGGGAGCCUUGCGAUAACAAAUCUACUUCUACUCACCUUGAGGCUGUCACUACUGAUAAAAGUAUACAAACAUCGAGCAUGCAAAUGUCUACAAGGGUGGAGAAUAAUUUAUUCAAAGUCGUUGAGCCUUCAUUCCUAGAAAAGCUGAAAGAAGGCGACUGUGAGAAACCUGUAUUUGUUUUGUACCCGAACUAUACAUUACCCGAUAUCAGCUUCUUAAAUGGAAGACCCAAUAUUUACCUAAAUCCCGUGAAAGUAAACGUUUCACCAAGAUCAAGCGAAAGUAAGAGAGGCAGAUUGCAAAUGAGAGGUAAACGACCAUUCUCAUGCAAUGAUGUAGAAAUGUUGAAGAAGAAAGGGCUCGGUCAUAUCAAGGACUGGGAUUCACUUAGUUUCUUGCUGCCAAUGGAAUGUAAACAACUUCUAUCGGAAGUACCAGAACUGAUGCAUCAUGUGAAAGAGAAAGAUAUGUCUAGAUGCAGUGACAAAUAUUGUAAUGCAACACCAUCAAAGUCAAAGCGCCCAAUGAGUUGUGAUUGCAACAACUUGGGCAACGCUACUGCUGUGUCUUCAAGCUCGAGCACUGCUACUCAACCUUCCUCAGGUUACCGUGGUUCUUCAACAAUGCUAACUGAUUCGUCAGCACAAAACAGCCCGGCUCCUGCUGGAAAUUACAACCCCUUAUUUGUUUACCGCUAUGAUAGCGCCACAAGUUCGGAAGCAAGUUGUGGCAAUGAUAAAACCAACCCUGCUGUUCCGAAACGAUCGUUGUUGCUAGCAGACCAAACUAAAUUCGCUAGGCAGGGUGAACUUGCACCACCUAGGCCGCCAUUGCCAAAGAGUAUUUUGCGUAAAUCCAUGGAUAAAACGCGCAAAUCUAGUUCGAAGCGUUACAGCAUGUUCGAAAUGGACGACUUGUUGCAAGAUCCUAUAGUUUGCAUUACAGCUGCAACUGAACACAAAACCAAGAGACGAUCUUUGCAGGAACCGUACUAUUUGCAAAAUCAUAACGUUGACUAUAGGAAAAAUAAUGAUAUCGCUGCAAAGAGGCUAUCGCAACAGUUCCUCGAUGCUGCUGAGAAAGAUGCUGAUUACAAUGAGUAUUAUCAUGAUGAAGGCGUGGGUACAGAGAGUAGCCUAGAAUCAGGAAAAUCCAACGAGCUCAAAUAUCACAGACCCCACACGCCACCGUUACCUAAACCAAGAACAAAGAAAUUGGAGUACACAGAAUUUCCGCCACCUGGUGCACUGAUCAGCAGUGCUGAUUUACAACAACUGGAAGAGUUUUUGAAACUAAGCGGCUUUAAUUGCCAAAAUAUGGACGACUGGGACCAAAAUCAAGUUCAAAAGGUAAGAGGCCAGGUUAGCAAAUUUCUGCAAAUGAAAAGAUCCCAGGAGGAGAACCAGAGGUCUACGGAUUCCAGUGGCAGUAGUUGUAAUAGUAAAAAGUCAGUGAGCUUUGCACAGAAAUCAGAGACUAAAGCCGAAGGUCAACAGACUCUAAAACUGGUCGAAGACUUGAAGGCUGCAAAUCUCAACACUCCUCCCAAUUCACCUAAUAUUUCAGCUGUGAUAGCGCAGAGACAUUAUCAGGGUAAGAAUUUGGCUGAGAUACCAAUUUGUGAAGAAGCUGAAGUGAGUCCUGAUGAAUUCGGAAGUCCCACCCACGACGGUAGAGGAAAAUACGAUAUGAUUGAUGUGUCACAAAAAAGAGCUUUGAUCUCGAACGUAACGGAUGCUGUGGAAAUGUUGAUCCAGCACUUUUCUUCCGCAACGGAUCAGGUCGAAUUGGCGUACCUUGGCGAUUCUAAACAGUCCCCUGCUUGCGCCAAAAUAGCCUUAAACGCAUUAUGCCCAGCUUUGUAUGCGAUAUUCAGAGACGGGCUCAAAGAAAACAUUGAGACCUCAUUCGGGUCAGUCAACAACUCCGUUUGGCAAAUGGUUGAAGCUACAGCCAGGCAAGGACCGAUAACAAAAUCUUUAAAUGAGCUUGUUCUAAGGAUCAACAGCGAGGACGCCGUCACUGAAGGGCUGGUUAAGUUCAACGCUUUUAUUCUUGGAUUACUCAAUGCGCAGUCAGUCGACGCAUGGGUGUCAUACGUACGAACUAGAGAAUCAAUACUUGCAAAACAUUACGACUCUGACUCCCUAAUCUUGGCGGGUUGUGUCGGCGAGCCGCGCUGCAGAGCCCUCUUGGAUACGUUGCUUGCCGGUCUUGAGCCACUGAAGCUCUUGCCCUUCUCACUAGACCUCAUGUUUGAGAUGCGAGAGCUACAUAGGAGUUUCAAGAAAAUUGAAAGUGAUAUGCGUGCAGCCAGUAGGCCAACUUCGAUUAACACUCCGCCACUAACACUGAACCAACGCAAUUUGCUGAAGCUGGUGCGAUCGAUGCAAUCCAGCGGGCCCUCCAGCGACGACUGCCAAACCAGCGUUAUUAUGAGACAAAAAGAACCCAAAAACAAAGAGCCGUCGACACCUGACUUGUUAAACGAUUCGGCUAACGUGAAAACUACUAUAGAAAAGAAUAGGCCAAGAUCGUGUGUCAAUCCAUCAGCUAUUGGGUACGAUCUUUGUCCGAACAACAGCCGAAUCGAAUUGGAGAAUAAUCGCCGGUGGUCUGGGGUACAGUUGGGCUCGAAAUUGAUGCAGGCGUUCGAUCGGCUUGUGUUUGACGACAGCGACGACUACACUGAUAGCCUGGAGAAUAACAAACCUUCGAAUAAAACGAGCAACGAGGCGAAGCUGGAUUGCAGCGGUGAGGAUUGGCGACCAGGUUCAGCGGGCAGCUGUGCCAGUAACCAAACCGGGAAUAGCAAUCAAUCGGGUGGAAAAUUCCGGCGCUUGCAGCUCAAGUGGGAGCUCCUCAGCAAUGCUGAAAGCCCAGGAGCCACGCCAUCAGGAGAGACUUCGCCGGCCACCGCACGAGGUUCAAAAAUCCCAAGGCCAGUGUCGUCGCCUGUUCGGCCUCAAGCGCCCACAUUGCAGUCGCCAGCCAAAAACACGCAUCGCGGAAUUCCCGUGCCAGUGCGCAAAGGCAGUUCUCCCACAUCGGGUCAGCCCCGCACAAUCACUACCACAAGAAGCGCAGCGAGCAAGAGGCCACCGCAAGCGGCUAACAGACAACCUGUGACGACAUCGAAGAAACCCGUCGUGAUCAAACCGGUCCAAAGCCCAAUUAAGACCAGAACAAAUGAUGUUAAGACCACCAAUGCUAAAGCACCGACUUCUCGCGUGGACCAGCCUCACGGAGGCGGUGCCACUCCUCGGCCGUCAUCUCUGCCGUACGGGCGUUCAGUCCCACCAGCCGCACCCCGCCGUGCCGCUUCCUCUUCGGCUUCUAGACCGCACCAUGCCUCUAGCCAGCAGAAACACAAAUACGUGCGAACUCUAUGGCAUCGAUUGCCUUCAGACUCCGGUCACCUCGCUUUUAACGAGGGCGAACGUCUACGUGUUAUCUUGGAAGUGGACGACCAACACUUGCUUUGCUGCCGAGGGGAGCAGAAGGGCCUGGUUCCUCGCGACGCCGUGUUGUUGGAGGACUUCUGAUAUUUGCAGCCAUAGCAUAACUGGCAGCCACAGUGGCGGCCGCUAAGGCUCAAACAAAGACAUUGAGUCGGAAAAGAACAUUGUGGACGCGGAGUUCUUUGUGCAAUAAUUUUGGAAGAGAUCUAUAGAUAUUUUAGCUUAUGAAUGCGAGCGUUACCUAAGUGAACGUGAUUGUGAGAGCUCCGCUGUUUAGAUACGCUGUAAAUACUGUAAGGUGAUUUUUUUUAAAUUAGCGAGUCCAUUUUCGAAUCCUGUCUACAUUGUCGUGUAAAAAGUUUUGAUGUUACCUAUAUCAACGAUUAAUACAAUUUCCCACAUCCGUAAUGAAUCUAUAACAUCACUAAGAUUAAAUUCUCACAUUUCUAAUUCUUUAGCAAAAUCUAGUCUUACGUUAAGGCAUGAAAUUGUCUUCUACUGUACAUAAAUUAAUGUUAAGGAACACAAGUUGUAGCAAUAUUUGCUGUCAUAUUAAAUGCACUAGUAUUCAAUGAUUACAGUAAAUAUCCUACAAUUGGAUGUGAUAAAAAUAUUUAUUUACUUUUUACUGUAAGGACAAAAUCUCAUAUUCAUAAGCAAACUCCUUAUAAUCGAAAUUCGGUUAAGCUGAGAGAAAGGCACCUAAAUAUGAAAAUUCGAUGUUAAAAUAAAUUCAAUAUUAAAUUGAUGUCUAAAUUUAUCCAUAUGAUACGCGUUUUAUACAUAAUCUAAUUGGUAUAUAGUGUGUUAACUAACAAUGUAAAAAAAUCAUAGCGAAAAUUACGUAGGUUGUAUAAUUAUCCAACAACAUCGUAUCCAAAUGUAGAGUGGUAAGAUUAACGAGUAAAAUUACUAAUGUUUGAGGUGGUGAAUGCAGUCAUAAUUAUAGCAUCUAAAUCUACUUUCCACGGACUGGCUAACUCAUGUUUAGUAUUUAACUGCAUGCAGCCUCUCCUAUGCACCUUCCUCUCACAGUCUGUGGUAAUGGACCGUAAUUUCAUACGUAGUGGUAGGUUUAACAUUUGUAAAUAUUAACUGCAUGGCCUAACCAAAACACCUUCCUUUGCGCCAUCCUACACUAUCGUAUAAGCCAUUUAAGUCACAUCUUGCAGAAUAUCGUUAUACCUAAAAUUCAAAUUGGCGUUGAAAUCUAAUACCUAGCACAGCUAACUGCAUGCUCCUUUCCUAUUCACCUUCCACAUCAAUCCAGCACUAUUGAACAUUUCUCUUAAAAAACAGGCAACUGCUUUGCCACCAUCAUUCAAGAUCUCACCAAAUAUACUGCCAAUAUCACAUACGUUCCGUUUAAAGCUAUUGAAUUAAGCUUUUGCGUUAAGUACGGUCACGGAUAUUGUGAUCCCAAUAAUCAUAUCACACUGCUUAAAGCCUAGAGGUAGCGGAAGAGAUGAUAUUUUUUGUAUGCAU